AUGAAUACUUCGUCCUUUACCUCCUUCAUCAUUCUUCACAGCUUAUCCUUUACCAAAUUCUUCUUCGUCCAACAGCACUCUUCUACAGACACAGUGCCAUCAAAACACUUCCACCCUUUCCUUCGCCUGCCUUCUAAGGUCAGGGAGCUCAUCUGGAAAAAAUGCGCUGUUGACCGGAAGAGACAUCGCUGGGAAAUAUAUGAGUUUGACCCGUUGAUGCGCGACAAGGCUCUUUGCAUUCCCGAAGCAGUAUUGGAUGAAAUGUGGGCAUACCGUGCCAACAAGGGGUUAUGGCAAGCAUGCUUUGAGUCAAGACGUGUCAUGCAGAAACAUGAACAACAACAGAACCGUCUCGCUGAGACACAAGGGUUGGAAACGCAGCCGGCAUGGUACAAAAUGGAACGCCUCAAAGAAGCCGGCCGUUCGAGGUUGUCUGGACGCGCCCAGUUAUUCGAGGACUAA